GCAGUGGCGCUUGUGCAUGGCGACCGGCUGAUCGGAUAUUUCUCGACCUUGCAGGGUGUGGAGGAAGGCGAAGCUGUAGCACAAUGCAUUGACAAGACCCGGCAGCGUUUGCCCAGGUACAUGUGGCCCGAGCUUGUCCACGUCAAAGAGUGGCCCAGGGGUCGAACUGGCAAGGUGGAUCGAAAAGCUUUGCCGGUGCCAACGAUCUGCGUGCAGGCCACAGAUUUGCAAUUGUUGGAUCUGGUCGGCUGCUUUUGGCAGAUUUGCCAGGUGCUAAGGCGAGAUCCCGCAGUCACAUCUGUUCGCUCAGAUUUCUUCACGUUGGGAGGCACAUCACUGAAAGCAGCAGCGCUGCUCUCCGCUCUGAGGGCCCAGGUGCCAGAGGCCGCGGCGCUGCAGUUCGAGGAGCUCUACGCCCAUCCGGAUGCAGCGAGCCUGGCACAGCUGCUGUCUGGCAGCCGCGAGGUGCUUGUCCUGGGUCCUGCACCAGUGGAAGGGCUGCUGCCAGCCUCCCUGGGCCAAGAGCAUAUGCUCAUUCUGCAGGAGUUGCACGAAGGGAGCUCGGCAUACAACUCACCCCUCAUCCUCAAGUUAGAGGGAUCUUUGGACCGAGCCUUGCUCUCUUCCGCACUGGACCGUGCCAUGCGCCAACACUUGCAGCCAUUGGUGAGUGACAAAUGUGAAAAGGAGAAAACAAUUUUUGAGGUCCUUGCGAGGCACGACGUGCUACGCAGCAACUUGCUGCGAGACUCGGACGGCACGGUGCUGCAGGCCAGGCCUGCAGAGCACGACGCUUCAAAAGCAUGCAUUUGCAAUCAUUUGCAUGCUUGA